AUGUGGGACUCGGCGGACCACCCGCGCGACGCUAAUUAUCUUAAAGACAGAUGUUCCGACGAGAAUGGAGCUUUAGAAUUCGCCGACUUAAGAGCUAGAAUCGACUGUCUAUCCGAAGUGGAGGUGCAGAGUCGGAUGGCGGAUCGUAAAGCUGUCAAUGGACAAUACGUCACUGAGGACAAAACGACUGAUCCGAGUUAUUUAUUCAUGGCGGAUUAUCCCCGUCUGGCGUAUUUAUUUUAUUUAGUGCCG